AUGACGUCUCGGGGGCCUGGCCGGGCGUCGCGGACUCCGGAGAUGGAGGAAAAGGAGCAAUUACGGCGACAGAUCCGUCUCCUGCAGGGUCUGAUUGACGACUACAAAAACCUCCAUGGCAAUGCCCCUGCCCCGGGCACGUCAGCUGCUCCCUGCUGGCAGCCACCGGCCUACGGCAGCAGCCGGGCCUUCAGCACCAGCUGCCCCCGGCCCGGCCGGAGGGGCUUCUCCCUGAGCCGCGGGCCUGCAUGGCGCAAGAAAUACUCCCUUGUGAAUCGCCCCCCCGGAGCCUCAGAGCCGCCCGGUGACGGUGCUGCGCAGCCACCUCUCAGGGCUGGGGGCAGUCAGGGUCCUGAGCCCCCGCAGUGUGUCCUGGAGAGGCAGGUCCAGCUGAGUUCGGAUCAGAACAUGGUCAUCAAAAUCAAGCCACCAUCAAAACCGGGCUCAGCCAGCACCACAGGGGUCUCCCGGGGUUCCUUGGAAGAAUAUGAGGACCCCCCCUGGAGUAACCGCAGGCCCCAGGAGGGUGAGGGCGAGCCCCCUGGUGGACACCGGCAGCCCUCAAGGCCAGGAAGAGCCAAGGGAAGCUGCGAUACAGAGGACCCCCUUCUGGUCUGCCAGAAGGAGCCUGGCAAGCCUCGCGUGGUGAAGUCUGUGAGCAGCAUGAGUGACAGCCCCUCAGAGCCCCGGCGGACUGUCAGCGAGAGCGCAGUUGCGGUCAAGGCGCGCUUCCUGUCCUCUAGCCUGGCCCAGCGCAGUGGCGCGGCUCUGGGCCGGAAGGCGGGCUCACACUCCGUGGCCAGUGGUGCCGCCCAGCUCCUUGGAGACGGGAGAGUGAACGCUGGCCACCCAGAUCAGCCCGCGUCCUCGGGCUUGGUGGCAGGCCCAGCCAGACCAGCUUCUGGACCCAGGCAGGCCCGGGAGGCCUCCCUGCUCAUGUCCUGUCGGACCAGCAAGUUCCGGAAGAACAACUACAAGUGGGUGGCUGCUUCAGCAAGGAGCCCGCGGGCCGCUCGCAGGGCCCUCAGUCCCAGAGCAGCCGCGGAGGCCGCGUGCAAGGCCCCCUCUGGCACGGCAGAACAGGCGGAGAAGCCGCAGCUCAGGGCCGCUCCGGAAGCCAGGCCCAGGAGGUCGGCCGCGUCCUCGGAGCUCGGGCCCUGCCCCAGCAAGUACAAGUGGAAGGCGUCCAGCCCCUCGGCCUCCUCCUCCUCCUCCUUUCGUUGGCAGCCUGCAGCUGGCAGCGAGGACCAGGCCUCCCAUCUCUCUCCAGUCCCGUCUAGGUCCCCCGCAGGGGACAGGCCAGGAGUGGGACCCGGUGGCUCGAAGCCCCUUUUCAGCGAGACCCCACUCUCGGCGUACAAAGUGAAGAGCCGCACCAAGAUUGUCAGGAGGCGAGGAGGUGCUAGCCUCCCUGGUGACAAGAAGAACCCACCCCUGCCUGCCGCCGCUGCCAAGAGCCAGUUGAGCCUGCGGCGGAGGCAGGCCCUCCGGGGGAAAGGCAGUCCCGUCCUGAAGAAGACCCCCAACAAGGGCCUGACACAGGUCACCAGGCACCGGCUGUGCUGCACGCCUCCUGGCCGGGCCCACCUCCCCACCAAGGAAGCGUCCAGCGUGCACACCGUGCGGACCCCUCCUGCCAGCAAAGUGAUCAAGACGCGCUACCGCAUCGUCAAGAAGACCCCACUGUCUCCUCUCGGCGCCCCCCAGCUUCCCCUGUCCCUGCCCUCUUGGCGGUCACGGCGGCUCUCGCUGUCCAGGUCUCUGGUGCUGAAUCGCCUGCGCCCCGCAGCCGGGGGUGGGAGAGCACAGCCCAGCCCCCCUCGGUGGCGGAACAGAGGCUACUGCUGCAUCGGAGGCGUCCUUUACAGGGUGUCGGCCAACAAGCUCUCUAAGACCUCCGGCCGGCCUGGCGGCGACGGCGCCACCAGGCCCCUCGUGCGCACAGGCCGGGUGGACCCUCCCAGCAGCUGCAGCCGCUCCCUGGCCAGCCGGGCCGUGCAGCGAAGCUUGGCCGUCGUCCGGCAGGCGAGGCAGCGGCGGCGGAAGCAGCAGGAGUACUGCAUGUACUACAACCGCUUCGGCAGAUGUAACCGUGGCGAGCGCUGCCCCUACAUCCACGACCCCGACAAGGUGGCCGUGUGCACCAGGUUUCUCCGGGGCACGUGCAAGAAGACAGACGGGACGUGCCCCUUCUCCCACCACGUGUCCAAGGAGAAGAUGCCCGUGUGCUCGUACUUUCUGAAGGGGAUUUGCAGCAACAGCAACUGUCCGUACAGCCACGUCUACGUGUCCCGGAAGGCGGAGGUCUGCACGGACUUUCUCAAAGGCUACUGCCCACUGGGCGCGAAGUGCAAGAAGAAGCACACGCUGCUGUGUCCUGACUUCUCGCGCAGGGGCGCCUGCCCCCGGGGCGCCCAGUGCCAGCUGCUGCACCGCUGCCGGAAGCGCCUUGGCCGGCGGGCGGCCUCAGCCCCAGCCCCGGAGCCCAGCAGUGUGCCACCCAGGAGCAAGCCCUCCUCCAGCCACGGAGCCAGGAAGUCCUCUGCCGCCCAGCGCCCCACCAGACAGACGCCCAGCUCCCCCUCCUCCGUGGCUGCAGGCUCGGCCUCCCCUCCCUCCUCCCCAAGGGUGUUAGCUACAGCCUCAGGCUCUCCCCUAUCAGCAAAGCCUCCCUCCCCCUCCUCCCCCUCCUCCCCUCUUUCUUCCUCCUCCCCCCUCUCCCCCACCCCCUUCUCUUCCUCCCCCACCCCUUCCUCCCCCGCCCUGUCCUUGGACCAGGAGGAGCUGUGUGUCCAGGAAGAGGCUGGCUCUGCAGCGACGGGCUCCGGCAGCCUCUCCAAGCUGCCUUCCUUCAUCUCCCUGCAGUCCUCGCCGAGCCCAGGAGGCCAGCCCAGGGCCCGGACCCCCAGGAACCCCCCAGCGAAGGACUCAGGGAAAACUCUACACAUCAAACCCCGGCUGUGAGGGCCCAGGGGGCCAGCCCGCGCCUACCUCAGCCCCCUGUUCCUGGAGAGGAAGGAGGCUCCACCUGCCAACGCCUCAGAGGAGGGACCACCUGCCAUCAAGCCCCACCCUGGGGCCCUGGGGUCACUGCUCUGCCCGCCUGGCCCUCAGCCUUCUGUGACCAGUGUGCACCCAGGGGCGCACCUUCUCUCCCAAGCCAGGCCCUGCCCCGCCUCACCAGCCCCUCUGCACCCACCUUCCCACCCCUGGCUCCUCAGCCUCGCGCCCAGGGUGUGCCCCGAACCCCAGCGCAGGGGGGAGCCAGGCAGGGCGCACCGCAGGGCCUGUGCCCACUGUGGGGGCCGCAGCCGCACAGCUCACCCCCGGGCCUCUCCCCCACCCCCGACCCCCAGGCCUCCCUGGGAGGGGACUGUGUUCAGCAAUAAAGGUUCUGUCCUGUGUCU